AUGAGCUCCCAAAUUCAUCAGAAUUAUUCCACCCAAGUGGAAGCUGUGGUCAACCCUAGCCAACCUGGAUCUGCGGGCCACCCACACCUACCUCUUGACCGUGAGGAUGUGGCUCUCUUUUGUGAGUUAGCAGAGAAGAAGCCCAAGGGCGCUGAGCAUCUCUUAAAGUUGCAAAACAAGCAAGGUGGCCGCAUUCUCCUCCAGGGCGUGCUGAAGCCUCCCCAGAAUGGGUGGGGCAAAGCACAGGGCGCCAUGGAAGCCACCUUGGCCUUGGAGAGAAACCUCACCAGGCCCUCUUGGAGCUGCAGGCCCUGGGUUCUACCAGCAGACCCUCAUCUCUGGAACUUCCUGAAGGACCACUUCUGGGGUGAGGAGAUGAAAUUCAUCAAGAUGAUGGGCUAUACCUGA